UAGCGGUUACCCAGCUAUGGCCAGUCUACUCCGGGCUACAGCAACCUGGGGGCUGUUCCCCUGGAGGGGCUACUGCUCUAGGCAGGGAAAACUCAGCAAGGACUUUGUGGAGGCUCUGAAGGCGGUUGUGGGGAACCCCCAUGUGUCUACUGCUGCUGCAGUCCUACAACAACACGGGCACGAUGAGUCCAUACACAGGUGCCAACCUCCGGACGCUGUGGUGUGGCCCCAGAAUGUGGAGCAGGUCAGCCGGCUGGCAGCUCUGUGCUACAACCAAGGCGUGCCCAUCAUCCCCUUUGGAACAGGCACUGGGCUUGAGGGUGGAGUCUGUGCUGUGCAGGGCGGUGUCUGCAUCAAUCUGACCCACAUGGACCGAAUCCUGGAGCUGAAUGCAGAAGACUUCUCUGUGGUGGUGGAGCCCGGUGUCACACGCAAAGCGCUCAACACCUACCUGCGGGCCAGUGGCCUCUGGUUUCCUGUGGACCCAGGUGCAGAUGCCUCUCUGUGUGGCAUGGCAGCUACUGGGGCCUCAGGCACCAAUGCUGUGCGCUAUGGCACUGUUCGAGACAAUGUGCUAAACCUGGAGGUGGUGCUGCCCGGCGGGGAGCUGCUUCACACCGCAGGCCAGGGCCGUCAUUUCCGGAAGAGCGCAGCUGGCUACAACCUCACCGGGCUCUUUGUGGGCUCUGAAGGGACACUGGGGCUCAUCACAGCCGCCACCUUGCGCCUGCACCCUGUACCUGAGGCCACGGUGGCUGCCACCUGUGCAUUCCCCAGUGUCCAGGCGGCCGUGGAUACCACCGUUAACAUCCUCCAGGCUGCAGUGCCUGUGGCCCGCAUUGAGUUCCUGGAUGAGGUCAUGAUAGACGCCUGCAACAGGCACAGCAACCUGAACUGCACUGUGGCACCCACGCUCUUCCUCGAGUUCCAUGGCUCUAAGCAGGCACUGGCAGAGCAGCUGCAGCGGGCAGAGGAGAUCACCCAGUACAAUGGAGCCCUCAACUUCUCCUGGGCCAAGGAGGCGGAAGAGCGCAACCAGCUCUGGGCAGCCCGGCACAAUGCCUGGUACGCAGCCCUGGCCCUGCGGCCAGGCUGCAAGGGCUAUGCCACUGAUGUUUGUGUACCCAUCUCCCGGCUGCCAGAGAUCCUGGUGCAGACCAAGGAGGACCUGCAGGCCUCGGGGCUCACAGGAACCAUGGUUGGACAUGUGGGCGACGGCAAUUUCCACUGCGUCCUGGUGGUAGACCCGGAGGAUGCUGAGGAGCUCCGCAGGGCCGAGGCCUUUGCAUACCAGCUGGGCAGGCGGGCACUGGCGCUCCACGGGACAUGCACUGGGGAACAUGGCAUUGGGCUGGGCAAGCGGAAGCUGCUGCAGGAGGAGGUGGGUGCCGUGGGCAUAGAGAUCAUGAGGCAGCUCAAGGCCACACUGGAUCCCCGAGGCCUCAUGAACCCAAGCAAGGUGCUAUGAGGGGCUCCGAGCACUGGGUCCCCAAGCCCCAAGACAAUGGAACAUCCCGUCUGGACUCUUUCUUCAUGCCACAGAACAGCCCUGUCCAUGACUCUUAUCUGGAGCCCAAGGCCAGAGGGGAGAAGCCUGAAGGCCUGGCUCCUUCGGGCCUCCUGCUGUCUCGGGGAGCCUUUGGUCCAGUAAACAGCUCAGGAUCA